AAUAAACUCAAGAGUCGUCAGCCACGGAAACCUCCAUCAGAUAAAAGACCCCAUCUCACAUAACAGUGAGCAGCUUAUCGAUCCCCCAGCCAGAUCUCAUCCUCCAACCGAACUAUUUUAUCACCCGAACUAUACCUAUCUAUACUCAAACAGCCCAAAUUGAGCCAAACCACCCACUUUCAAGACCCAGCCAGCAUCGACUACAAAAAUGCCUCUUUGGCAGAUCUACUCUCCCCCCGGGACAUUCACCCCGGAAGCGAAAUCCAGCUUCGCGACCGACAUUACACAGCGAUACACCGCCAUCGGCCUCCCCGCCUUUUACGUGGUCAUCCAAUUCCACGAACUCAACCCGGAGGAUGUCUACGUGGGAGGCCGAGUGGCUACCAACGCCGAGAGGCCCUUCGUACGGGCGGUCGUCACGCACAUCGCGGUCGUGCAGCCGGACAGCGACGCCGCGUAUCGUCGCACGACUAAUUGGCUUGACAAGGUCUUCAAGGAGCACGUGCUGGAUAGAGGGUUUGAUCUGGAGUACCACGUGGAGGAGACGGAGCGGCGGCUGUGGAAGAUCAACGGGAUGAUUCCGCCUCCGUACCGGAGUGAGGAGGAGAAGAUGUGGGCGAGGGAGAACCGGGCGGUGGAGUAUGAGGGGGCGUUUGCUGAGGGGGGAGAGGGGAACGCGGGCGGGAAGGCAGCGCUUUAG